AUGUUGGAUAUUCAGAAUGAAAUUGAACAAGCCGACUUAGAGGCCCAAAUUAUUGACUAUGACGAGUGUCCAGAUGCCUGCAAUGUGCAACCACCGACAGGUAAGCUUGAUCCCAAUCCCAAGGAGGGUGUACAAAUGGACACCAAAGGCCCCCUUUGUACAAGCAUUGUCAGACCAAAACAAAGUACCGAAAACAACAUGAUGGAAACUCGCAGCAGUAUCAACUUGGGUAGAACUGAAAAUCAAAUACCCCCCAUUCGCCCCAUGCUAUUACCUGACACUAUUGUUAGCAACGAGUCAAGCGCCGGGUUAAAUGUGAAAAACGACCACAAUGAUUUACAGCAGCUGGCUAUGACGAUCAGGCAAGGUUUUGUUCUUCCGAAGCCCGACUUACCGAAGUGCGAUGGGAAUCCUUUGAAUUAUUGGGGAUUCAUUAGAUCCUUUGAGAAUACGAUAGAGCGUAACACCUUCAAUGAAAACGAGAACCUGAUGUAUCUACUCCAAUACUGCACAGGAGAAGCAAAUAAAGUCAUUCGUAGUUGUGCUAUGAUGGAUCCAGCUGAAGGUUAUAAAGCUGCGCGUAAGCUGUUGAAAGAAAGAUGUGGUCACCCCUAUAAAAUUGCCAUGUCCUGUAUUCGUAACGUAAUAAAUGGGGUUCAAAUUAAGGCUUCAGAUAGUGCUGGUCAACUAGCCUUUGCAGAUCAGUUGAUGGAGUGUGAAACCAUCUUGGACGCAAUAGGUUAUCUUGAUGAAGUCAACAGCUCCGACAAACUAAGGCGAGUCGUUGAACGCUUGCCUUACCAUAUGAAGUCGAAGUGGCUGGAAAGGGCUCAAGAAUUGUUGUAG